CUUUCUGUCCCUCCCUCCCCUCUUUCUGCCUCUAUUCUGCCACCUUCUCCACUCGCAGAUCAGCAUUUGGCUUUUUCCAUUUGUGGCAGAUUACUGUAACGCUAUUGUACAACAACUUCCUGCCUCUUUUGGCUCUGCUUCUUUAAAAAAAAACUGCAAAGGCAGAGCAUCGUGACUUCAACUUUUUCCUUCCUCGGCCUUGAACCGAAGGAGCUCUAUAAGGAAAGAAAAGGAAGGAAGGGGAUAUGUAAAGUGUGUUUUCUGUAACUGAGGAACUAUUUGAGGGCAUUUUCUGCUUUAUAAGGCUUUAAAGAGGGGGACUCCAUGCCUAGCAGAGACAAUGAGAGAAAAAAGGUGGGGGUCAAACUUUUCUUACUUUUACUCUGUGAAAACUUUCUGCUGCUUUUUGGAGGGCACUGCGUUCGUAGUGUCUAACAUGGCUGCUGCUGCUGCUGCUGCUUCAAUCUUCAGUCUGUGAGGGCUGCUUUCAUAGCACGGCCACCACCCCGCUCCUUUGCCGGCUCUCUUUCUCGCUCAAGCAGCACACAGCACACGGUGGAUUCUCCACACAAACUAUUCUCUCUCCUCUGCACUUCUCCUUGCUCCACAGGUUUCAUUAAAAACACAGGUGGCAGUCUCUGUGCAGGGGGAAAAAUACGAGCAUUAUUUAUAUAACCAACUCUGUGUGGAAAGAAAAAAAAAAAAAAAAGAAAAAGAAAAAGAGGCUGCACUGCAAUUUAUUUUUUCUCGGUUCGAGAUCCGAGCCCGGUUCAGGCGUCUACAUUGGCAGCAGCUAUAGAAUCCUAUUAGAAGGAGUGCAGCUGUACGUCACAUCUCGCCAUGCGUUUUAACCAAUUGAGAAACUCAUGACUUCAUUAUGGUGUCAAUGUAUAAAGCUGAGGUGUGUGUGUAUACGUCCGGAGAUCUUAUUUGGGGAUGGUUUAGAGUUCUUCAGCAGGAUAUACUGGAGGUGAAAACACUGAAAUGAGCUGUUUUCGAAGGAACAGGCAGGAACUUCGGAUGCUUUGUGUGCCAACUUUUGUUUCGUAAAAAGUUCACUUGAGGUUAAAGCUUUGGUCUUCGGUUAACCACUGAGCUCCUCCGCAGUUUUUUACUCUGUUCUGUCUCCUUGAACUCUGUGAUAAUCCUUUUAUUUUUUCUGUAAUACGACGAGAUUAAAACACCUCACACAGUCGUGUUUGAACGAGAAAGAGCUGUUUGAGAGAGGCGCAUCUUUAAGGUGUAAACCGCUCAAUUUUGGCUUUUCUUCUGGUUUAUUUUUGAUGGAAUUGUCGAAUAAAAUACGUUUUAAAGACUCGACUUUGACACAAAAAUGUGACUGGUCCUCAUUAUGCUGAAGAUGAUAAGCAAGGGAAACACGAGUUAUACUAUCUGCAGAUGAAGAGUGCAGCAUCUGUGUGUUACUGAACCGGUUAAUCGGGCCUAUUGAUAAUACGAGGUGAAACAAAAUGGCAGACGGCGCCAUGUUAUGGACUCACACCAAGGUGAUUUGUCUUAAAUUUUUGGAAUAGAAAACCCUCUUUUUUUAACAUCACUGAAGAUUUGGCCGAUUAUUGUUGAACCUCUUUUAAUUUGCAGAUGUAAGAUAUCAGCAGAUGGAGAUUUAUGCUCGAAAAUAGUGAGAAAUUCGACGUUAAAUAAAGACGACAUUGUUGCAUGAGUGUAAAUCCAAACUCAUGUAUGACCGUUAAGAUUUAUAACCAUAAAAUAGGAACAUGUAAAUCAGGGCCUGCAGUGAGUGAGCCUGCAGUCUCUCACUGAUUUGUGCGAGUGCUGAGGUCUGCUGCAGUCAGGCACACACCAAACACACACAUCCAAGUGUCAGUCACAGGCAAACACUGAGUAUUAGUCAGACUGGUUCAGAUAAGGGGACUUCACAAGGACACAUUAUGCAUACAUCGCCUUUGUAUGGUUUCUCUCUCUCUAACCACAGGAAACAGUGAGGAGAGCUGCAGGGGUAUAAAGUUGCAUCGGGCAGAGGAUCUGCAAAAGACAAACAACAUUUGCACUUGCAUUUGCAAACAUCAAGGAGUUUGUGUGCGGAGGUUUGGGGGUGGGGAUGGGGGGUCUGCAUGUGCUUGGUCAGCAACCAGCACUACAUCAACAUGUUGGGAAUGAUAUAGGGCGCAUAAAAACAUAUAUAUGUAUUCUAAUGGACUCAUUCAGGGGGAUCAAAUCUAACCACAAGGAGAAGGAGGAAGGUUGUAGACUCUCCAGGAGAAGGAGCCGACUCUAUGAGGUGGUCUUGCUUAAGCCGCGCACGUGUCUAAACAACUUCUCUAUUACACCCGAGACCUUUGAGGGCACUCCCCAUCGAGCGGGGAACAAAGGCCAUGACCCCUGGGUCAAAAGCGUUACACGGUAGGCCAAGCGGGCCCAUUGACUGCUCCGCUGCUGUUUGCUUUAAGAAGGUAAAGAUUACCAACACAUUAACUAACACCGAUUAGGGGGUUAUCCCUCGUGGGACUGAGGUCCCAGGGCAGCACAUCACAUCUUAUUAACACAAGCUGACCUUUGACCCCAGCAGUCACCUCAGGCAGCCGACUGUGACCACCACUUUCUGCGCUCUGUUUGACACACACACGGACGGAGACGGGAGGUAUCAGAGCAAGGUGCAAACCCGGCUGGAAAGAGAAAUUAGAGCCAGAAGAGAAAAAAAAAAUGAAAUUAAAGCAGUGUUAUCAGAGCUCAGUCCUGAAGUGGUAAUUCAGCUUCUCUGAAAAAUCAGGAUGUCUGACUUGAGAAAUCAGCAAAUGAGUAAUUUCUCAGAGAAUUAUCAUUUCCUAAUUAAACACAUUUGAUUAAAAUAAAUUGUUUUUUCGGCCUCUGACUCGAGAACACGUGUUCUGCUGCAGUUCGUGAAAUGGGAGCGUGUGCAAUUAAAUUCCCAUCACAAAAUGGUGGACGCCGGACAUGCGCAGUGAUGGUGUUCGAGAAGACCAUCGAAUGAUGACGAGCAGGAAAGAGGACGAUUUCUUUGUCGACUCUUUCAGCUCGGCUCUUCAAUGAUCAGUUUCUCACAGGCAGAGAAGUCAAACUUGAUGUGGUGCUGAGCACACUCCACCCCAGACAUCCUGAAAAAAGACAGCCAAGCAACAGCUGACAGACCAGACUCACAAACUCUGAUCUCACCGUCAGAUCACUCGUAACCGUCUCUCCAAAAUAAAACGAGCGGAUUAACACAAUUAUAUUAUAAUUUGAAUCAGAGGAGAAUCAGGGAUUUGAUUCCUGGAGUGUUUUCUUACAGGUCACUUUGUGUGAGGCAGAGAAAAAAAAUCGUUUCUGUUUGUCAAAGUUCUUUUUCCUCAUGUUAAAAAUAUUUAGGAGACAUUUAACGAGUUCAUGCAAAUUACAUGAAUUUUAGAAAAGGUGAAAUCUUUUUAAAUUUGCAUUCGGAUGAAAAUCAAAGAAAGAAAGCUGCUUUUUCACUCCUAAAAAAAGAAGAUGGGAAAAAUAAAAGUUAACGAAGGUUCGUCAUUAAGAAAAAUUCAACAGAGUGAAUUUUUGAGUUUGGUUCAUCGUUACAAAAUAUCCCACAAAUUUCUGGUAUUUUUGUUCUGCUUUCAAGGGAGGCGUAAAAUACUGUCAAUAGUCCGAAAUCAAGGCACAUGUUUGGAUUUUGUUCGAUGAAUGUUUAAUUAUAUAGAAUUUGUUUCAUCUCGUUUUUAAAUGUGUUUUUUAUCAUGUUUUUUAAUUUAGUUUUGACAGAAAAGAGGAGCACGCUGGGGCACAUAAGUGUACACACACACAGACACACACACACACACACACUCACACACACACACACACACACUGAAGUUUGAAUCUAAUAAAGCUUCACUUUAGCAGGAAAACUUUGUAACUUAUUAAGAAGUGUGGAAAUUAUUUAGUCCUCACAGGCAGCUUAUUACGCCAAAAUGACUUAUUGAAACUUUAAUGUUUUAUUAACUCUGCAAAACAAAUUCAGCAACAGCAAUUUGAAGAGUUUUCGAAUUUUAUCAGUCAAUUAAAUUUGAUUAUAAUUUCUAACAACUUCAUACGCAGUCAGAUUUUUGUUUUAAUCGGUACAGUUUGAAAAGUUGAAUAGAAAUUCAAUAACUACGGCUUUUUUUAAAACUUAGAGGAAUUCCCCGGUUGAUGACUUUUGCACACUUCAAAUCUUGAAAUAUUAAGUUUUUAUCUAUUUUUUUUUACUCGAUUUGCAUUUAUUUUAAAAAAAAUCCUUAAUAUCAGGAUAAACCACCGCAAUCUAAAGUGUGAAAUAUAGAUUUUUUUUUAAAGCUGUCAAAUGCCCUUCGUAAGUUUUUGAUUUGUUGCCUUCAUUAUUUACAGAUCAGAAACAAAUCAGAGGAAAAGUCACACUUGGAGCUGUGUUUUUGAUGAUUUUAUAGACGUGUUCGAAUUAAAAACACACUCUCAGCAAAGUCCCUGACACUGCAUCAUCUGAUCUUGAGAAAACAGACGUCAAAAUACUUGAUUUCAGCAGAAAGUGACUCACCUCUCUGUUUCUCAGGCAGGGAUCUCAAAGAAGACGAGGAGGAAGAGAGCAGAGGAGAGUUCCUCCUGGGAUCAGACUGGAAAUUAUGGACCUAUUCGAUAUCAGAGCUCCGAGUAGACAACCUAUCCAAAGAGGGACGCGCCCUAACUGUAACUAACAACUACUUCUGGCAGCCCUUCAACAGCCAAACAUAUUGUGCUGGAGCAGAGCAGCUUUCAUAUGGCAGCAUUGAACUAGAGCAGCAAAAUUCACAUCAAACUAAAGGAUAAUUAUAUAUUCGUAAAAAAAUAAAAUAAAAGACAUGCAUUAAAAUAUUGAAAUUAUUUUUUUAUGGCAGGAAGAGCGAGCUGUAACUUGAUUCUGCAGAUAAAACUUGAACAUGCUAAGGCCAAGCAGAUUUACCAACUUUAAAUCAUUCUGAGUGCUGCAGCUUUAUUUUAAAUUAUUUAAUAUUCAUGUUUUCAUUCUGUUUUCAAUUCUGUAAUUAUUGUUAACUUAAGUUCGACCCUGUUUUUCUUUACUUUCAAUGUUUUGAAAUCUUGUUUUCUAUAAAGGUAAAACUGUAUAUUAACAUAAACACGGCACAAAGUGUUGGACGUUGUUGAAAUUUUAACGUACAAUAAUCUAUAUCGCUCAAAGGCUAUUCUAGGAGUCAUUAUCUGUCAUUUUAAUGUUUUUUUUAGUCGAUACAAGAAAUGUUUGUUUUAGUAACAUCAGUGACAUGUCUUAACUGAUAUAAAAUUCACUGAAAAAUACGAAAACAAACGCACCACGUAAAGAGAAUAAAAAAAGUUCCUGAAGUUCCUGAGCAAAUUCUCAAAAGUCAACGAUGCAUCAUAAUGAAAAGAGUAAAUACUGCCUCUGUGUCCACCUGACUGGCCUGCACCAGCUUCUACAUACCUGAACUCUGCCUCUGCAGUUUUACCUCCACCCCCAGCUCUUCUCCCUGUUUUGUUUUAUUCUUCCUCCGCACUAAGUCAGGAGUGCGCAGGCCUGGCAUUUUAGGGGCCACGUCACAUUGCUUGUGUCUGCGCUGCAGGGCUGCAAGGUGUCCAACAGCCAUGCAAUACACACCCUACGUCUCGCUGCUUCUGCAAACACUAAGCAUGUGCUGUUUUCGAACCCUCACGUAUAUUCUUUUGUAAAAAUAUCUCUGCUGUAUUGAGACAGGCAAAAAACACGCAGCUAAUAUCCACUUCAUAAACACGCAGUCCUCUCCUGAGGGUGCACUUCACCCACAUGCAGCCUCUGAGCCUUUAGCCUGAGAUCGCCUCUCAUUUCAUGCAGCUUUUUCUCCUCUGAUUGACUCGUUGAAGAUAAAAAAAAAAUCAAAACCUGCAGUUCUGAAAUUCAUUAAAAAAUUACACGAAUUAAAUCACUUAAUCAUCCUAAACUUGGACUGUAACUGAUGGUCAUGAUACUUUUAACAAUGUUGGAGAAAAGCCACAUUUCAUUGGACAGCUGUGCAAACACUCGUUUUAUUACUUCGUGGGCUUUUUCUCCUUUUUAGUGUUUUUUUGAAUCCCACCCAAAUAUUAGACAUGUCUAAUAUUUUAAGACAAACUAAUUUGCACAAUGCACAAUUUGUUUUAGCAUAUUUGUCACUUUUUGUAGCUCAUAUUUACUCAUAUUUCAGGCUAAAAAUGACAUACAAGCCUUUUUGUACAAUACACAGAUGUUAUUUUCUGCUUUAAAAAAAAAUAAAAGUACCUGACUGCUUUCCUUUUAGCUGUCUGAUCAUUUCUUAUCUUUUAAGUGAAGUUUAAGUGAAGUUUUUAAGUGCUACGUUUGCAUGAAUCAGACAAGAAAGUGGUGAAAUGCAUGCUCACCUGAGGACCUGCAGUCUUAUGCAAAAAAAAGAAAUAAUCUAAAUAAAAAAAGUAAAACUGUACUCUAAAACUUAAGCUCUCGUCUUCUUUUCUAAUACCACUGUGCAACAAGGUGUCUUUUGCCAGGUUCGGUAAUUUAAACUGCAUUUAAUGUAAUAUUGAUAUUUAAUGUUCCUUGUUGUGCUUGUUUCUAAUAUUUAUAACACAAAUGCUGUUUUUUUGGUGCUAAAAUUGCAGCUUCCUGCAGUUGGAGUCCCUGUGUGUAAAUGUUUUGCACUCUUUAUGGUAAACUGUGCCGACUAGAUGAUGUGUAACAGUUUUUCGGUUUGCCAUCAUCAUUAUCGUCAUCGCCAUCAGGCUAAAGGUGUGAACAGCCUGCAGGAAGCUGAGAUAUGACGACCCCUGACCUCUCGCACAGGCUCACAGAGACAGUGGGGGGGGUCAGGCAGAGGACAUGGCUGUGCGGAGAAGUCGAUCUUCUCCCUCCGCUUAGCCACAGGCCCGUGUGCAGCGACAGCAAGAUGAGCAGAAGGGCUUUCCAAAAUCCACACUCGUUUGGCUGCGAGCAAGGCAUCAGGGCCGUGUGUGUUUCAAAGGAAAUGCUGAGGAGAGCAUUUUUCGUGGCAGCACCCAUGCACUUGACGGUGUGUGUUAGCCUGCUUCUGUGUCUUAACUGCGUCCCCACCCUAAGUCAAUAUCCCCCCCGCACCAAUAUCUGUCAUGUUUUGUAGCCAAAAUGGCACGCAGCCCAUUUGUCGGAGAAUUCUGCCUCGUCUCAUCUUGAUAUGGUUCUCACGUGUGCGGUCAAUUUUUCGUCAUUAUCUCCGCACAUUAGAAGUACCUCCAGCUCUGCAGAGCAGCGCAUGGCCAAGAGGUUAAAAGGCAUGAGGCACCGAAAUGAGAGGGAGAGAGAAGCAUCAGCUCUCAGGCUGCUGUCAAUUGAGCCUGUGCCUCUGUAAUGUGAGGGGAGGGAAGCGGAGGGGUGGAGGGUAACCUGGCACAGAACCAACCACUAAUGCCCCUUAAAUGUCAGAGACUGUAGAAAGGAAGGGAGACAGCAAAAAACGAGAGCACAUCCAUAUUUCAGUAUGGCAGAUGCUAUAAUGCGUUGCCCCCUUACACUGAGUGCACACGAGGACACCGGGAGGGAGGAGAGACGCAGACGUGCAAAACAGCGAACGAAAAAGAGUUUGCAGCAAUGAUGGAGGCAGCUCCAUCUGAUGGUUGUCUCUAUUCGACAAAGUUCAGAGUGGAUCUCUCUCUCUCUACCUCUCUCUCUCUCUCUCUGCAGACGAAAAUCUGGUGGGUGGGGGUCGGGGGGGACGGGGUUGAGUCUGGUGUUGGGGGUGGGGUUGGUUGGACUGCUGGAGAGAGUGAUCUUUUUUUCCAGUGGGGUGAAAGGCGGACGGUCAUGUGUGCAGAGCUCAUGACAAAAGGGCCUUUUAUGUGCAGCGUAUGCAGAUAGAGGAGGCUCCUUUGUGCACAGAUGGAGAUCCCAUGCCUGGGUCUGCCUGCGGCGGAGAGAGGGGAGGGAGGGAGGAGAGGGAGGAGAAGAGUGUUGGUGGAGGGAAGGGAGGGAGGGGGGGAGGAAGGGGUGUCUCUGGCACUGAGUGCCAUCACUGUGUCUGGUGGGGGGAGGGGGCACGGAAAAGGAGAACCAAGCUGUCCUGGUCCUGCCAGGUUCAUCCAUUAGGGAGGAGGGGCCAUGAGGUUUGUUAAGAGGAUAUGGAGACUGGUAACCCCACAGUGUGGACACAGUGAGAGCCCCAUCUACUGACUAACAAGUGGAUCAGAGUCCAGUAUGAGUCACCAGUAAUCUCUGGUGUUUGUUUUUAAGACCUCGUGAAACCUUAGUUAGCAAUAUUUACUACCCCAGGUUUUACAGGCCGUGGAUUACUGGGUGAGAAAAGCUUAACCUACUUUCUGAUGCCAACUAUCACCUGCUUGUAAGUGGUUAGAGAUGCCAAUAUCAGCUUUACCCAAGCACAAUAUUGUACCUACGAUAAAGAGAGCCAAACAAACAUUAAAUAAAGGAAAGAAGACGUCCACUCUCAAGUUCAGCCUCAAUUUUCACCGUUCAGAGUGAGCUAACAUGCAUGCACACUAAACUAGGCUGUGAUUGGGUUUGUUUACAGCACCUAUUUCAUAUAAUACCUGUGGAUUAGUCUGAAUCCUGGGGUCAAAAAUCAGUACACACCAUAAUCCUGGUAUUGCGAAUUAAGAAUAUCUCACCUGGACCAGAUAACAGUGUCUUAACAACACGCUGGCCAUGUCCCAGAUCGCAGGAUGAAGCCAUUUAGCACACUCUGUUUCCUACCAGAGUCAUUUAGAUGUGAUGAUUUAUACGGAGAGCUCAUUAGCAGAUUAAAUACAGAAAAAAUCAAAGACUACUGCACUUGUUUUUUCAUAAAAUUAUAGAUACAAAUGGAUAAUAUUCUUUUUUUUUUGUUGAUGUUGUUUUGGAGAGGAUUUUUCGUCUUUAAUAUACCAAACAGCUGAUAGACAGGAAGUGUAGAUAAUAAGAUGAGGUUGAGAUCUGCAGCAAAGGGUCAACUGCUGCUAAAGCCUCUGUACAUGAGGUACAUGCUUAAACAGCGAGACCAAAAUAAUAUAUUUUCCGUAAAUUAAUAAAAACAUAUUUUCAACUAUACAAUUUAUCUCAUACAUAAAGAUAAUGGUCUCAUGAAAAUCCUUCUAGAUUUCAGUAAAAAUGAGAACAAACAUGAACUUCCCUGGUUGCGAUUCUCUUGUUGAACAGCUGCUUCUCUUCAUACUGCGGCGCAUGAUGAAGUGAAGCCGUGUCAGCGUACAUUGUGUACAUGGUCUGUGUGUACAUUGAUUGUACACACAGACCAUGAAAAACACCAACACUGUCACAUCACCCAUGGGUUACAACAGCGGUUGACGCCACAUUGAAAACACUGACUCAACUUUUAAUUAACCAAGACAUCCUGGCGAAGACGUGACACUGAAGCGGGCUACUACGGUGACAACGCAACAACUCAGCUAAGCGCCUUAUUUUAUAAUGUUUUAGAUGAUCUCGAAACAACCCCUGCUCAGUGUGUAAAUAAAUGAGUUAUACACCCAAAACUAUUAGGUGAACCAGGCUGGAAAUAUGAUGAAAAGUCAUGGAAUAAGAGAGCUUCUUAAAACCGAUGGUGGUACAAAGAAAAUGGUGCAAAUCCCAAAAGAAGUUGAGCAAACACCUGGCAGUCAUCUUUGGAAAAAAGUUAAAAUACCUUUGCAAACUAGCUGGCCGAUACCAAUUAUUAGUAAUCAAGGAAACUGAUAACUGAUAUUCAUUUACAAAAAAAAUGUAUAUUUUGGUGUCAAACUUUUAGGUUACACACCUGGGAUUAGACUAGACACAGGACACUGCUGGUUUGUUUUUGUAAAUCCGUGAUAAAAAUACCUUAACUGUUGUUCAAUAAGAUACACUCUCCUCUCUCUGUCUUGCUGUGGAUCUGCACCUAGAUGCCUGAGUGUUGAUUGGCUGUCUAUGUAGCCAAUCAGUGAGGACAUUGUUACACAGCCAAGAGUGGUGACUUCAGGCAGAGUGAGGCGGCUGUGUAAGAGCAGAACGAGCGUGUUUUAAAAUAAACUUGGUGGGAAAAAUGGCCGAUGCGAAUUAUCGUAAAAAUGCCAAAUAUUAUCUUCUGUGCUGAUUAUUGGUAGAUCCUUGAUAUAAACUGUAUAUUUUAUUAUCCAGUGAUUUCCCUGACCUUUAAGACGACCAUAAAUAUGUUUGAUAUUGCUGUAAAAAACAGUCAAGGCACCAUAGACUGUAUAUACUAUGGACAACUUGGUUCUGCCUACCGCCAGUAAACGGAUUUGAAGCCUAAAAGUUCUCAGUAAUUCCGCUUUUUUCUCCACUUCCUGAAACCAACCUUUCGCAGUAGCGUUGUACGCAUUCGGUGGGAGAGUCACCGGGAGUCACUCGGCACAAACAGCUUAUCCCCCAGGUGAGCUACGCAAUCUUCGUGCACCCAUAGGCUGUACCAGGUGUCAAUCAUAGAAAACAUGAACGCCCUAAUAACUUUUAAAAACGGAGCUGCAGAUAAAAAAGAGGACUUGAGCACAAACCAGUCUGAUAGAAACUACAUGUCAACAUCACAAGCAGGGGGAAAAAAAAUUGUAUUCUGUGUAAUAAAUUACUUAAGUUUGUCCAAAGCUCCAUAGGGAUUGGUGGAGGAGGCGGGAUUUAUGACCUAUACUGCAGCCCAUCACCAGAGGGUGCUGUUCUCGGAGUGGCUUCACUCAGCGAGGAGGCAGACUCUGUCCAUUCUAUAUACAGUUUAUGCCUGGCCCCCAAUGGGUAUCCCUUGACUUUUGCAGCAAGCCUCUAGUGGACUCUCAAGGAACUGCAGUUUGUCUGCAUUAGCUCCUGUCUUCAACACUGGAGGCUGCUGCUCAGCUGUUUGCUGCCUUUUACAAUAUAUCCUGAGUAAGUUCACCGUUUAAGUGAGUUCAGACUGAGGUAAAAAUUAAAUAUUUCCUUUAUAGUUCCUUCAGAGUAACGGUGAUUUAGAUGAAUCUUGCACCUCAAAGCUGUAAAACUAAUAACCACUAACACACUCACAGAAGCCUCUGUUCUGCAGCAGUAUUAUCUUUGUAUCAGUGCUUUUGCCUCACACUCUUAAUAAACCAUAUAUCUUUCUAUCUCUGUGGAACACAGUGGGAUAAAUGUUUACAAUGUCUCCUCAGACACCUUUCUGUCAAAGGACGAGGUGACUCCCGCUGACAUCCCGUCUGCUAAUGAGACGUCACAUCCUCUCAGCGGCCUCCCGCUGACCGGGGCAUCUUCACACCGCAACCACAUACAUCCCUCUCCUGCCAGAGAACCUAGUGAUCCAACCCUUGACACCAGGAGACAGAUGGACACCCCCCCGACCCACACACAUAAACACACUGACAGUCAAGUUAACCUCAGCACAUAAGGCUUAAGCUGCUGGUACGCUUACACUGAUCUGAGAACUGUUCCUAUUCAAAUGUCUGAAAAUGGAGGUCAUUAGAGAUGCAGAGAUUUGUCUGGGGAUGCAUUAACCAGCACCUUUGAUCAUUGAUACGGUAAUGUUAGCUAGUGUGCUUAUUAUCUCAUUAUGAGCAAAAGAAGGGCCAUGAACUUUUUCUUCCACACCAUAAUACUAAUAAUAAUCUGCCGCUUAUGAGUUUGGAGGUUAGAUGUAUGGGAUAACCUCUAAGGGCAUCUCUACUGAGAAAGCAAGGACUGUAGAUCCAGUAAGGAGGUUGGAUGAGAGGAUGAGGAGUCUGGUUCACUCUGGGCUGUAUGUGGGGUGCACAAUUUAACCCCUGAGCUAAACUGGCAUCUCCUGAGAGACCAUUAAAAAAAACACACAAGUCUUGAUCUUGAAUGUAAUGUAAGUCAGUAUGAAUAUCUUUAAAUGUGUCUCCAUUAUUUGCUCUAACCUUCAAAGUUAGAGAGGAUCUUCUUGACUGUAUUUGUACAACUGGGAACAAGUUUUCUUGACAUACAUGUUAUAGAGUGUAAAUUAGAAAUGAUACUUUUUUUAAACUGCGAAUUUCCUCUAAAACUAUGUGCAUAAUUUAGAAAUAUAGGGUUACUUCAUGUGACACUUUUUAAUCUGCAGGAGAAAAAAAAGAUCAAUUUGAAUAUAUCUGUAAGGAUACACAGAUAAUGAAAUUUAGGGCCAAUACUAAUGUUUCACAUGACACUUCUAUUGCUGUAUUUCUAUGCUUUUGUUUUUCUGAGUUACCUCUUUGUCUGGUUUUUCAAGCUAUGAGAUUUGAGGUGUGAAAAGUUUUACUAGCUGUUUUACUCCUCUUCUUGAAAUGCCGUCCAAACAUGUCAAACUGCAUGUCACUCAUAUUUUUAGUUUACACAAUUGACCACGAAAGAAAAAGCAGAGUUUUUCCAACAGGGGACGACUUCUGCGAAUGAAAACCUCAGAAGUAAUGUGUACUAGCCUCCAAACACAGAGACUGAUAAUAUGAAAGAAGAUAAAGAUGAAUAUAAUGUAAUGAUUCAUCACUACAUAUCCAUUUUAUUUUGUUCAUUUCUUGUUUUAGACCUUUUUAAAACAUAUUUUUUCCUAUAAACCUAAAAUUUGUAUGGUAGCAUGACUAAGAAUGGACAAACUGUCAUCAAGAUUUUUAGCUUAAUGACUUGACAGUGACUUGGAUGUUAAUUUUAUGACUCUCAAAAAAUGUUUUCAAUGCUGUUUUUUCUCUCUAACACAUAAAAAUGAGGCAAACUCAGCGGUCAGUUCAUGAAAAUGUAUCUGCAUAAGCUAAACGAAACAACGAGGUGUUUCUACUCUGGCUGGUUCAUCGGCUCCGGUCUGACCCAGGUCUGCCUCGCCUUCAGUCUGCCGACCAAGUGAAAGGCUAGAACCUGCUCUUCUGUAUCCUGGACUAGCUGCUAAUCAAAGGUAUUUCUGCUGAGAAGAGACAGAAAUGGACGUUUGUUUGUCUGCGAUAAAAAGUAAAGUCAGAUUUUAAAAUAAAUAAAAUUAUAAAUCAGCUUCUCUUUCAUUAUUUUUGUGAUGAGUCAUGUUCUCAACACUGUUGUAAAUAAAUAUGUAUUUUGUGGAUCUGUUUGAUUGAAAACAUUAAACUUUGGAUUGUCAUAAAGAGUGAAGUGCACACAGUCUAAAGUUAGACAGAGGUGUGGGGACGAUGAAAACGGCGAUAAAGAGGAAAACUCUCUUUGCAGUGUGCAAUAUCAGCCUGUCUCAAUUGACCUGUAAAAUCUUCAAGACUGGAACAAAUGCAAAUAGCUGACUUGCUCGAACAAAAAAAAAGGAGAAAAAAAAAAAAACUGAAGUCUUUUCAGGCUAACUCGCUCUCACAAUAGUGUGGUGCCCAGAGCGGGCUGAAUAUUCGGUCUGGACUCUGAAUGGCACAAUGUGAGAGAGCCAAACAGGACGUUGUGCAGUGAAGGCUCAGGACCCUCCAGGCUGCCUGCUGCUGCUCAGCUGAGCCCCGGCUGCUUCCACAGCACAGCUCUGACCAGGAUCACUGCAGCUUCUCCUGAGUAACAGACUAUCGCAGGCCUCAUAGUCGGUACGAAACUAAAAUUAACAAGGUAAACUAAAUUCGACAGCAGUUAUACAAACACAAACAAAGCAAGUUCACAACCAUGUUACAGGGCAGCUCUGACUGAGUAAGUGUUUAUCUCUGCUGGGUGGACUUAAAAAAGAACAAGUUGCUUCCUAAACUUUAAAAAGUUCACCAUAAAACUGCUGCAAGACUUGCCGAGAGGAUCUUUUAGCUAUAGAGCAGGUCUUUAGAUCACAAAGGUUGAGUUUCCAUCAGUCUGUGCAAAGGUUAUCUAUCUCUAACAAACAUGAGGAGCUCUGAUUCAUGAAACCUGUUGAUUACAAGCAAAACACUGACGCCACUUUGUGCUCACUCAUUUUUUAAAAGGUACCUUAUAAUCUCUUCAGCGACAACUCAAGACAUGGACAGAUUUCUGCCUUAUUUUGAUUGACGCACCUGCCACCAUUUUACCACAUUUUCCUGUUUUUUUUUUUUAAUUUUAAGUUUUAUUUUAAGCAAAAUACUCUCAGACGAACCUAAAAGGUAUUAAUGAUUUUGACUGUUUCGUCUCUAAAACAUUAUAGCUCUAACCAAACAUGAUGGGUAUUGGUUUCAGCAAAGGUGUUAUUUUAAAAAAACAAAUAACACUUUUUCUUACAAAUACUGAAGCCAAUAUUCUAAAUGUACAAGUCACUAUAUUUGACUAAAACCAAUGGAUUAAGCCAGACACAGGCUUCUGGCACACACUUGCACUCAUCUAUACUUCUCCAAGUACAAUACUAUAAAUCUAAACUCAGAGAAAAACAUGUCAGGUAUUAUGAAGGGGUAUCAGAGUUAUGUUUUUCUAUUUCAAAAUUACAUAAAUAUAGGAAUCAUAAGAAAAUCUAACUACAGUUUUGGGAGGUCAAAGUUGUAUUAUUACAAGAAUUAGUAGUAGUAGUAGUAGUAGUAGUAGUCGUUUAUUCAGUCAUGACAACACCAACUAUUGUACACAAUAUUGACAUUUCACAAAAAAUCACUAAAUCAAGAAUCACGUGUUCAAUAUUGACUGAAAAGGCAGGAGCAGACUGCUUAUAAAAGCCUAUCCUGUCUUGUCAACUUUUUUAGGCUUCCGACCUCCAGAAAAGCAAAGAAACCACAACAACAGAGAUUAAUCGCACUUAUAAGCUUCAAAAAUAGCUUAACAAACCUUUUUCUUAAAAACCGAAAAAUAAUGUUUUUAGAUUCAUGAUUUAAGUCCUAGUAUAAUGAGAAAAGAGUCAAAGUAAAGUUGGAAUAUUUCCAGAACAAAAGUCUAAAAUUCGUUAGAGAACAGUAAUAAUAAUGGCUCAUUGUUCGCCUGUAUUUGAAGUUGAAGGAGUAGAUCAGAUGAGCAGCCUGAAGCCUCACAAACCAAAAUGUAGGACAUGAGGCAUCAUUUUUAAUUUUAUGGGGGGAAAAAAAACACAUCAGCUCCACAGUGUCUGAAGUUUGAGGAUACUUUAUCAAAGGUCUGAGAAGCUGAAUCUGUUAUAAAGACAUGCAAGCUAACAGGCAGCCAGUGCUCUCCUCUGUAACCACAGAGCUAAUCCAUGUUCUUGGAUUCAUCACAGGUGGAUGACCGCUCUUCUAAUAUCACCUCUGUGAUCCUUACAGCCUUUAAAUUUAACUUCUCUGUCAUAAAACUGCAACAUUAUUCUUACAAGACUAUGACAUUAUUUUCUGACGACUUUAUUCUCAUAAUUAUGACUCACUGCAGCUAGGAUCAUUCUUCGCCACUGGAAGAGUCAGAAUCGACCAGAAUUUACUGACUGGGUUAAGAUGAUGAUGGAUAAUGUCUCCUAUGAACUAAUGAUAGCAAGGUUGAAUAAUAACAAAGAGAAAUGUAACCAGGUAUGGGGCCAUUUUCUGUGCUGUUAUGUUUAUGGGUUGGGCUCUGCGUGAAUAUGUAUGCAUAUUUUGUUUUUGGUAUGUGUAAUUAUGAUCAAUAUGGUUGUUUUGUUUGUGCUGAAGUUUGAUGUCUUCUGUAAAAUGUUUAAUUUAUAAAAGUUGAAUAAAAACUUCAAUUACAAAGUAUUCAAACUCUGUUCUCAUAAUAUUUAUGUCUUAGUUCUGGAAAUCUUCAUUUUCCCCUUUUUCUAACCCCCCUAAUCCCCCAUCAUCAAUUUUAACCAAUUCUGGGUUCUUGUUUUUUUUCUUUCUCUGGAUCUUCAAGUUAAAGUUAUACAAUACUCAAUAUCAGUUUAAUGAAAAACAGAAAAAAAAGAUAUUACAAUAAGUUUGGUUAACUUUUAAGGUCUUGUGCAUAUAAAUGACAAUCUUUAGGGAUAUCCAGCUGUCAGAUUCUCGACUGAAAUGCUCCCUUGAGCGACAGUGGGCCUUAAGAAAAGAAGCUCUCGCUUAGGCACAUUUUAUAUGAUCCUGUGUUAAAUUUUUUACUUUCAAAAAAAUCUGUCAAUACAAAUUCAUUUGCUCUUCUUUUCUCUGUCGGCCCACCACUGUAUUAACUUACUAAAUACAAAAAUUGACAAGUGAAUAGAAUGUCCUCUGUGUGUUACUGUAGAAGUAUGAUGGUCCAAGAUGGCGGUCCCAGUUAAGGGGGGGCCCGCUCUUGGUGUAGAUACAAAAGUCUCACAAGCUUCAGGUUCAGAAAAACAGUUUAACUUUAUAUUUAAGUGACUUAAACACACUUAUGAAUAGAGUCUAUUUCCAUCAAGUCUUUUCUGCUAAAUACCAAAUGAAAAAUAUUUGAAAUUGUCUUUUUAUAGGAACAGAUAAGAAAUAAACUUGUCUGAUGUACAGCGCUUGAUGUUUUUUUUUUAGAUUAUUUUGAUUUUUUAGCACUUUAUCUAAAAAGAAAAGGCCAAACAGUUAAUGCAGAAUAAAAGAGACUUUUAGUCAGAAAAAUCAACUUCUGCAACUUUUUUCCAAAUCCCUAAAUGAAGCCACAGCCGUGUGUUUUAGAUUCAGAGACAGUACAUUGAAUGUGCUCCUCACUGUCGAGCCCCACGUCUCUAUCUUUGACUGAGGAAUGUUUCGGUGAUAUCUCUUUAAGAGCACACUGAGCCUACAGCUGUGGGAGCUCUCAGCUUUGCUGCUUCUCUUAUUUCUACAUUCAUUUUCAGCCUGUGCAAAGAUUUUCGGAGCCGCUCUCUGAACAUCGGCAGGCACUUUCACCGACAGCCAAACUUCCCAGCAUGCCUUGUGGCGGGGCUGGCUUUAUUCACAAAGUUAACUGUGAAGUUGCUCUCCUCACCAGAGGACACAAACCCUGCUGCAGGUUUGCAUGAGACCUAAAACAGACUGUCCGGACGCUCGAGCUUUUGCAUGCAAACUGUACUUAGAGCUUUUAUUGUUGUGCUGUCUUUCAUUAAACUGACACUUCAUUUUCUGUCAGGAAUCUCUUACAACUUUUGAUGCAUGGCUAUCAUUUGAAAUUUGGGGCUUGAAAAAUCCCCCAAACUCCCAAAAUUAGUUAUGAAUGACACAUUAUGAUGUUUUAUAUCAAUUAGCUUCUUUCAUCGUUUCUCCAAAUAUUUGAAUAAAACCACUAAAAUAAAAAAAAAAACUGUCUUCAAUCACACUCCUCUCAGUCCACCCUCUCUCUAACACAUGCACCAUCAAAGCUACUUGAAACCGAUUUUCUGUGAUGCACAACUAAAUCACAUUUAAUCCAAACACCAUGGAAACAAACUGGAUAUUACAUCUCCACUGGCAGUGACAUGCAAGGGACGGCACAAGCUGCCUGCAGCAUCUGGUGGACACCUGUAAGACUGCAAGUCACUGGAGUGAAUGAGAGAGCUCUUUGUGAUUCUGCUAAGUCACCAAAAAAUCUGGGCCAGAGUAUACUGACCCUCAGCACCCCACCCCGGCUCCAAAGCCUUCAGCACACCAGCAGUGUGGGGUAUUUAACUCCAGCGUUUGAUCACUAAAUCAAGGGCAACAUAAAUAACAAUGAUCAGUCAGGGAACGGCAAUAAAAACAUCAACACCAAUCUGGUCAGCCCGGACAAGACCAGGUUCACAGGGUGGGCAGCAAAUCAAGUUCUGCCAACUUUUUUCCGUUGAUCACUGACGCAGAAGGAACAAGUCCCCUCUACUUGGUUUUUUUAAUCUUUUCCAAGUAGGGACAGCGGGAUCUGAAACGACCUGAAAUAGAGUUUAAAAGGGAGAGUGAUUCAAAGUGGCUUCUGUGUGUUACUCAGGUAUUAGUCAUCCCCUCACAUCCUUUUCUUACACGUGCGAGACUUGUUACAGAGCAGGUUAGAGAGAUUGAAACUAUAAAAGUAGAGGAAAUAAUUCACAAAUAGUAGAGAGCAGAGUUUUAAUAUGUAUUUGUACUUUGAAAAAUGAGGGCAAUCUGUGUGUUUUUGCCUUGUGUUGCAUAAUAUUUUAUUGUUAUCAUAACAGUAACAUGCCCUUUUUUCUUUCGACCACAAAGAUGAAAGAAUCAGCUCUGUGACACGCUCAACAAAACCUGGUCUGAAUCGCAAGAAUAUGAUAUUUUACAGAUGUUCAGGUCAUUGCGUUCACUAUGUAUACAUAAAUUACGAACAGCGAUCGUUUCGGGACCCUUUUUUCUCUUGAUUCAAUGAACCGCUGAGUAAACAGAGAGGGGAAAAAAAAACAAAAAACAUAUUUAGUGUCGCAGGGAAAAUUAGGACUUCAUUUUGGGAGACAAAAUCUUUUACCCAUACGGACAAAGAAAAGCGAAGAAUCCACAUGUGUUUUAGCUCAAGUGCUUCAGACGUGUAUCUAGUUCACGCCGAGAGCUUGUUCAUUUACAGGAGCUAAUCACUACAAGUGAACCAGAUCACAAAGGGACAGUCACUGACACCAGAGCAAUUACGGUGUACAGGUCUAAUCCCUUACACAGCACUUAGGACAGUUUUAGAGGCCACCAGGGCACACUGCGGAGCUCCCCAAACUGUUAGGGUGCAGUUUGGUCCAUUUUACAGCCACUGGGGCACAGGCCUGAUUGUUAAGACCAGGGAAAGUAAUCCCUGGAGUCAGGCCACUAAACCUGCUCUGUCUGUGUAACCAUGGCAGCAGACAGGUAGUGUCUGGGUCACAGGGCAAACAUGGCUGGGGCUUCAGUGCUGGCCGCCAGUUAAUAAAAAGCUAGCCUGGUGUGAACACAAACACACAUACAGGCGGACGCACGUGUGCAUACAUUUAAAUGUUAAUGAAGUCGCAACACAUGCGCGUUCAAUACAAACACCCUAGUAAAAUCACACACACACAUACACAGAGGCACACGUACACACGGGUUCGGGUGAAAGUCGCCAGCUGACCCAAAGACUGAUACAACCACCACAGAGCAGUAUGGGUUUCAGUUAAUCAACACUGGCAUUGAAUAUUAAACAGGUUCAAGUCUGAACCCUUUGUGCUAAACACACCGAGUCAAGGAGACAAAUGAGUCACAAAAGGACGGAUGGACAUGUAAACCAAUCAGUUUCAAGAAAUGUCACAUAUGCAUGUCACCUGAAAGGACGAAACAGGCAGGAGAGUCUGUCUGUCCUUCAAUAUAGUUCAUUUAAUAACAUUCGGAGGCAAAACUAUAUGAAUUAGGGAAACAAGUUUGACAGAAUCCUCUGUGGAAAUGUUUGCAAUCCAUUAUCAAUCACUCAUUAAUAAGAAACCGACUUUUCCUCUGACUAAAACAAUAUAUAUUUUUAUAAACUAAAUAUAUUUUCCACAGUAAUAACUGAAGGUAUUGCUUAGCUACUGAACAUUGAGAGGCGUGUAAAUUGUUUAAUAUGAUGAAUAUGAACAUAAUCUCAGUGGAUGUAAAGCCAAACGACGACAUGUGGAACGGAAAACUGCUUUCUGUUUUUCUGCCUCCUUUUUCUCACUGAGAUAAAUCAGCAUGUCCGAGUGGUGGAGUGUCAGUCGGGAGCCAUAAUCAGUCAGACAGGAGAAAACACACGCUCAGACGGCACCGAUGUUGCUGGGGUGCAGAUGUACUGGUGUGGUCUUGAAACUCUCCCUGUGUUGACUCUCUACCAGUCUGUCGUCUUUGUAUCCAAUGAUGAGGUAAUGUCCUAAAAAAGUUCUGUGCAGCUAAAAAAGAGCCCCUCUCUGAGCAUCCCAUCACCUUUAGCAAGUAUGAAACAUGUUUGAAGAGACAGCUGAAUGUAAUCUGAAACAGGUACGUUCUAAACAACCAAUUAAUCUGACACUCUUUUCAUCGUCGAGAUCCCCCAAUUUGACAUUUUAACUUCUAAGCCACUGUCAGACAACAGCCAGAGUCUGAUCCUUUGAGGUGGUUACAUAGCAUAAUAGAAAGAUGUCAUCUCUUAAGCUAAUGGUAGGCCUGCUGAUAGCCAGAAAGUGUUUGACUUCCAACCAAUAUUGUUUGAUAGUAGCCUACAGAACAGUAUAGUAGGAACCCACCAAGCAAAAAGUGGUUGAAAAGACGUUGAAAAGACAUCUUCGCUAUAUGUCUCUAAACAACGUCUAGGUUCAGACCGUCUAAAUAAAGCCCAGUUUUCAGCGUCUUUUUUUUUUUGGUUAAAGUAGGACCGAAUCAAACUGUUUAACUGAGGCCUAGUUUUUAACGUCUUUUUUUGGGCUAAAUUAAGCCCGAAUCAGAUUGUCUAAAUGACGCCCAUUUCCAACGUCUUUUUUGGGCUAAAGUAGGAUUGAAUAGAACCAUCUAAAUGAAGCCCAGUUUCCAACGUCUUUUUUUGGGGGGAGGCUAAAGUAGGACAGAAUCGAGCUGUCUAACUGAAGCCUAGUUUUUAACGUCUUUUUUGGGCUAAAUAAGGACCGAAUCAGACCAUCUAAACGAAGCCCAGUUCUCAAUGUCUUUUUUGGGGCUAAAGUAGGACAGAAUCGGAUUAUAGAAUCGGAAUAAGGUCGUAAAUCAAACCUUUUAACUAAAGCCUAGUUUUUUACGUCUUUUUUUGGCUAAAGUAGGACUAAAUUUUUUAGCUAAAUUAGGAUUGAAUCGGAUUGUCUAAAUGAAGCCUAGUUUUCAACGUCUUUUAUGGGCUAGAUUACGGCCAUGACAUGCCAAUGUGACUUAGCCUAAAAAAAAAAAAAAAAAAAGAAAAAUGUCUAAAUGACAUUGGGUGUUUGGUGGGAAAGGCAUAUAUCCUUACUAUAGGUAAUGUUAAAAAUUAAGUGUUAGUAUGCUACCAUCAGCUGAUGUCUUAACUAGGCUAAUGUCUUUCCAGUUAGCCAUCAAACAGAGGAUGAGUUAAGUGUCAAUGAUUUCUUCAAUCCACGACAUGUAUGUUAAAAACCGGCGACUCAUAACCUGAUAUCGGUAUUUGAGCUUCUGGUCCUGAGCGUGAGGGGAAAGUGGCCACCAUGUAAGUAUGAUCAAUUGUUUAUAACAGUACUUCUCCAUUGCAUUUUAUUACAUGUGCAGUCUAGGCAGUCAUAAAAUACGUCUUUUGAAGAGUGAAACAUCAUAGGGAACACAUGCUGAUUUUCCCGGGCCCCAAACCCUUUCAUUUGAAAUAAAGGUAAUAAAUAAUGAUGAUUCUGGUACAAGCAAAAUCCAGUUUGAUUCUUUCUUUCUCCAAAUUGGCCAAACGAUGGUCUGGUCUGUCUUGCACUUUGGAAAGAAACACAUGAUCUCCCCUGGCCUUUUCUCCAUUUACCAGCUCUCCCUCUCUCUUUUCAGUUGCUAUGAGACACUCCAGCUGAAGCCAAGGCUUCCACAAUUCAUUACCGGAGGAACAAAAGCCAAAGCAAUGGACAAAGCAGGGCAGACCAACUCAAACCAGCUUCCACUUAACACACACAUCACACCUCUGAGUACUCUGCUGACAGACAAAUGGCCAAUUCAGGACCUCUUCUUUUUCUUUUUUUAUUCAUUUUUUUACAAUGCCAGUGGGAUAAAUGAAAGAAACGCUCCAGAUUCAUAGUAAGAAGUCAACUGGUUGAAGAUUUUCCACAUUUUGGAAUCGUGUUUUCCAAAUUCCCGCCAAGGAGUAGUUCUUCUCGACAUCAAAACUGUUUUCAAGCGCUUCGAGGUUUUAAAGUACACCCAGAUGAGAGAAAAAGUCAUUUCUAGUACGUCUUUCAAGGUGUGUUACACCGCUAUUGAAGGAUUUGUUGCCAUAGACUGGGUAGGCAACACUGCACCAUCAGUGCAACAUCACCUGUCUCCAGCUUUCCACCAGCUCUGCCUCGCCAAAUCAUGAAACAUCUCUUUUCCCUCCAACCAAUCGGAUCUCACUCUGUGGCUGUUCUCAUGCAAAGAAAGAAAAGGGAAGGCCAAUGAGAAAUGGCCCUUCCUCCUUCCCCUCGUAUCCUACACACACACACGACAAUCACCGUAUGAGAAAUGCCAACGGACGGGCAAUCAGUCAUUGUAAUUAGGCUGGCUGCCAUUCCCGAGCCUUCAUAAUUCAGACUGGAGCUGGAGGACAUAGGUAGUGAGAGCCCAGCUGCCGGCUGCCACGGCCCACCCCUGGCUCACCCAAACCCUAACACAGGCCACUCCCUUCUCCCCUUCUUUCUCCCCUCUCUGCACCCACUGUAGGGGGGGAACCAGAAACAUAAGGGGGGCUGGCUGACUGCAAAAUUAAAAACUCCCCCUCAUCUCCCUCCCUUCCUCCUUGUCUACGUCCCAAAACCGCUCCCACUCACACUUUCUUUUCUCUGCACUGCAGAGUUUUGUUCUCAAAACUGCGUGAGUGUGAAAACAGAUACCUUACGCUGAGAAAUAGCUUUAAAAAAGAGUAAGGGUCUUAAUCCAAACAUAUAAAACACCUCUAUAAAAAGUGAGCUAGUGUCAUUUUCCCCGUCCAGUUUUAUUUGAAGGUGAAAAGCUAGCAGAUGUUAUUGUCCGCGCUGUCUCUAGGUGUAGGGAACGCUGGAUUUACAGUACAGACAUGGCGUGCUCUUCUCUCUGGAAUUCACAACCAAACGGGAAACUAUGGCAGUAUUCUGCAGAGAUUCAUUUUAUUUGCUGAAAGGCCCUGGUGCAGUCAGAGACUGGCUUUGCCUGUUGUAUAGGACCUGAAGUUUUCUUGGCAGUGCAAUGAAGAGCUGCAAGUUCAGCCAAAAUAGACAAUAAAGCAGAAAGAAGAAACAUGCCAAAUUGCCAGGGCAAUUCAGUCCAGAGGCUCAUUUUUCCAAAAUGAUUCACACUGGAAAGAAAAGCAUUUCCCUGUCCUCAGAUGAACUUAGUGUGCUCUCUGUCGGCUUUUACAAGGAAGCGAUAGGGGGGGGAGGGAGGAAAUCGCAUGCACACUUAAUCACACACACACAUACACAAGCGCGUGCACACACAUACACAGUACCAUAGAGCUAUCAGCGCAGAUUCUUUGCUCACUGUGGAAUUAGGUCAUGCACAUAAAAGCCCCAAACACAGACACGCAUAUAAACACGCACUACUUUACAAAGACAUUUUCAAAGUCACAGGGGAAAAACCUCAUACACUGAAUCUUUGCGAGAAAAACACAGAUAACGACAGGCGUUCCAGGUAAGUGGCGUUUACAGUACAUGUACUGUACCUGUGAUCCAUAAGUUGCAGACAAACAGCUUGAACUCACCGCUGAGUGCAGCAGCAGCAGGAGCAGCAGCACAGUAAAGAUUGAGGGAGGACUAAAGGCAAGUUUUGCAUCAGUCAGCAGUGUCCUGAGGCUGCUUUAUUGGCUUGUCUGGCUCAGCUGGCUGACACUGUUCACCUGUUAAUGCUCCCCACUGCAGGGUGACUGUCAACAGUCUGCAGCAGCACAGCAAGAACAAGAGGCCCAUACAUUAUCUGAACGUCAAGAGAAACAGAUGUGGAGGUGUUCGGAUGCUGUUUUUUGCAGGCCGAGGCCAACGCUGAAACUGUAGUGCAACAAAGAACCUGCAUGCUAUCGAUGAAAAUCACAGAGUAGAGACAUUAUGAUCAACAUGAACUUCUCUAUUCAAAACUUAGAGAGAAAAUAUGGGAGAGAAUAUUGAUACAGCAUAGUAUCGCUAUGAUAUUUUUUCUGGUGAAAUAUCAUAUCGUCUCAUUUACCCGGUAUCGUGUUUUUGUUUUUUUUCAAAUGAAUUGCUAAUAUGAAGUCAAAUCUAUGAUAAUGGAAUAAUAAAAUAAACUGUUUGUCUAUUAAGGUCAGCAGAGGUGAAAUCACUGAGCAGGGGAAAGUACAACAAAUAUAGCAGCACCUGGGGAGGGACAUUAGGAAUGCAAACAGGGCACAAAUGAGACGGACCUGACACAUGAGGUUUGCAAGAUGUGCUACAUGAAAAUAAGGCUAUGUUCACACUGCAGGUCAAUUCCAAUUUUUUAACCAUAUGUGACACGUCUGAUUUUUUCAUGUAAGUGUAACAGUGCAAUUCUGAUUUUUUUCAAAUCCACGCCUCUUUUGUAUGUGGAUAUAAAUUGGAUAUGUAUCUGAUGUGACUGCAGAGUGGACGCGUUCAUCCGACCUAUACGUCAUCAAUAUGCGACAGACGUCACCAUUGUUCGACAACACAAACAGGCACGAAAGCAAUUUGUGCUUUGUGCGCAUGCAGGUCACUUCAUGGACGCAUUCUAUUCACAUUAGAUGCCGCAUUUAUUGUUGUAAUGUGAACGACCGCACAAAAAGAUCGGAUUUAACAAAAAAUCUGAAUUGUGCAUCAUAACCUGCAGUGUGAACGUGGCCUAAAAUACAGUGUAAAUAAGACAAACAGGAACAGGAAAAGGAAAGACAAAUGCUAAAUUAGCUAAACAGUUGAAAAAAUUAUAUAAAUCACAAUAUAUUGUAUUGCAAUACUCACUGGAUUGCAAAAUGUUAAAAAUCGCAAUAAUACUGUAUUGUGGCCCAAGUCAUUCCCACCCCUAGUUACUGUCUCCUUUCCAAAUCUAAAACAGGCAUUUCUUUCGGAAAUCAUAUUAUAUGAGGAAGACAACACAAAUAUAUCACGGUUCUGGACAUGUAUGUUGUCUAGUCCAACAUCUAAGCCAUAUCAAUGUGAUAAAACGAUUGAUGCACCUAACAGAAUCACAAUCGAAGAAGCGUCAUAUUAAAAUGAUGAAAUAUUUUCAAUGUCAGACAUCUAACAAGGCUCGCAAAUGCAGUCUGUUCCAACAUGUCAGCACAACCCGAUAUCUACAGCUCGUGAAGGAGGGGUACAGCAGCUCACUUUGUAAAUAUCCACUCAUUAAGUCCCACAGUUUAAAUUAGAUCUCGCUCUAAGCAAACAUUAAGCAUUAGGUUACAUCGAGGAGAUAAAAGCCUUCUGUAUGAUUUCGCCCAGAGCUUUUAAGCACUCAUAACUUGCUUCUACUAACGACGGUAAACAUUUGUGCAGCUGUUGUGCAAUGGGAGAAAAAAAAUUGGAGCGAGAAAUAAUGUUGGAUCAAAAGUGAAAAAUAAGGAAAUCAAGCCCUGAAAUAUGCAAUUACAAUAAUCGUUUACGUGAAAGUUAUCACACUACGGCAAUUUUACUGUCAGAAUGAAUCAUUAUCCUUCCUCUGUCUGUUCAGAGACCUUGCUUACUCAUCAGAUUAUGUUCAGAAGUCUUUAAUAGCCUCCAUAUAAUAAUUGAUGAUACAGCCAGUGUUUAUAGGAUGAGCCCCGGUCAGCUAUUACCUGAUGAGCCGUAAACUAGAACUUAAAAACAGAGUGCAACAACAGCCAAAAAAUACGUGCAAAGACAUGAUUGUGCUCGGAAAACAGCAGAAAGUUGGAGGUUAGAAUUGAAAAGCUGAAUAUUAUCUUUAAAAAUGUACUUUAAAAGAUGCAACAAGUCAGAUCCAUUCAGAAUCAUUGAUUUUUAGAUGUUUUCAGGACUUUGUAAACACUAUUUAGGAGCAAGUUUUCUAUGUUGUUGUUGUUGGAUAUUAUCUUUUACUUGGGAAAUAAAAACAUCUUUUUCUUUGUGUGACUUCUGACACCUUGGAGGAAGACGGUAAAUAUGAAAAGAGAGAGGAAAAAUAACAGCGUCAAUGUUCAUGACACCAGUUCUAUGCGCCUUUCACGUAGACUUGUGUGUUAGAUUUUCAGUUUGGUUAUUCAUGACAAAAAAGGAUGGUCGGACGGUUAAAACAUACAAGAAGCUGUAGUCCUGAAAUAAAUAAGUUCCACUCAUUUAGUCUGGUUCUUCUC